AUGAAAAUGGUCUGGUCUGAUGAGACCAAAUACCGCAUGUGGCUGGACGUAGAGUUGGCCGUAUGUGAGGCGUGGACCGAGGCCGGGGUCAUUCCGCUGGAAGAUAUGGAGGCGUUGCGUGGAGCGGCGUACAACCAUCAGCGGAUGAUGGAAAUCUUCGAGACAACCCGGCAUGACGUGACCGCGUUUCUGAGAUCAAUCACGGAAACCCUGGGACCCGAAGGACGUUGGCUCCAUCUGGGAAUGACGUCUUCCGACAUGCUCGACACCGGCCAGGCUUUGCAGUUGGUAGCCGCGGCCGAUCUGCUGCUACGGGAAAUCGACAGCGCCAUAGAGGCCGUCAGAGAGCAGGCGAUCUGCCACAAGGACACGCUGAUGGUGGGCCGAACCCACGGCGUGCACGCUGAACCGAUGACCUUUGGGCUGAAAUUAGCCCUAUGGUGGGACGAACUGCGGCGGCAACGGGAGCGGAUGACGGCGGCUCGCGAAUCGGUCCGGGUGGGCAAGAUAUCCGGAGCAGUGGGAACCCACGCGACAAUCCCGCCGCAUAUUGAGGAGCGGGUGUGCCACCACCUGGGCCUGGACGUGGCUCCAGUCUCGAACCAGGUAGUGCAGCGCGAUCGCCAUGCCCAUUUCAUCACCACCGCCGCCCUGGUGGCCGCGUCGCUGGAGAAGUUCGCCACCGAAAUACGCGGGAUGCAGCGAACAGAAAUCCACGAAGUUGAGGAACCGUUUGGCGCGGGGCAGACGGGAUCGUCGUCCAUGCCCCACAAGCGAAACCCGGAACUGACGGAGCGCAUUUGCGGACUGGCCCGCACGAUUCGCGGAAACGCGGUGCCGGCCCUGGAAAACGUAGCCCUGUGGGGCGAACGGGACAUCAGUCAUUCGUCUUCAGAGCGGAUCAUCCUGCCCGACACCUGCCUGAUGCUGGACUACAUCCUGAGCAUCUUCACCCACGUCGUGAGUGGUUGGCGCGUGGACACAGACCGGAUGUGGCAGAACCUGGAAAGCAGUCGGGGGCUGAUCUUCAGCCAACGGGUGCUGUUGGCAUUGGUCGAAGAAAAAGGGCUAUCCCGCGAGGCCGCAUACGACAUCGUGCAGCGCAACGCGAUGCGGUCGUGGGACGAUGCCCAGGACUUCCGGCACCUGCUCAAAUCCGACGCCGAGGCGGUUCAACACCUCAGCACGGCUGAAAUGGACGGCCUGUUCGACUACGGCUACUACACGCGAUACAUCGACGACAACUUCAAGCGUAUUGGGACUGCUGCCCGUACCCGCGCUGGCCUGACCCACACCUUUGGCGAACGACCUGAUCCUAUCUUUGAAUGGUUGCCAUGA